AUGUCGUUAACAAAGGAGCAAGCAGCGGCAACGCUGGAAACAUACAUUCGCGAUGUGAGGAAUCGCACCUCUACCGACGACGCGCGAAAGCGCGCUGCUCGGCAGAUCAGAGAUCUGGUAAAUGUUGCGAAGCAAGGUAAGUCACCAUAUCCUCAGUUUCUCCUCAGAUUCUCCUCUGAAAUGGGCGCGGAGCAGUUUACGGCCUUCUUCAACACAGUCAAUCAGAGGACCAUGGCGCUUAUACAAGGGACCGACACCUGUGAUCGCAUGGGCGGUGUUUACAUCCUCGAUGCCUUGGUCGACUUCGAUGGUAUAGACCUAGCCCUCAAGUACAGUCGCUUCGAGCAGCAUAUUGGCUACAUUCUCCGCAGCAAAGAUGUAACGCCAAUGCAGCCCGCCGCGGUCGUCUUGGGAAAGCUUUGCAAGCCUGGUGGCUCGCUCAUCUCAGAGCUUGUUGAUGCCGAGGUUAAGCUCGCUUUGGAGUGGCUACAGUCAGAGCGAGUUGAAGAAAGGCGAUAUGCCGCCGUCCUCAUUCUACGCGAGCUGGCGCGGAAUGCACCCACUCUGAUGUACCCGUACGUCAACUUCGUCUUUGAGCAGUCCUGGAUCGGCCUUCGAGAUCAGCGACUCUUGAUCCGAGCUACUUCUGCCGAGACAGUCAGUGCCUGCUUCAAGAUUAUUAGGGAACGUGAUCAGGCCAUGAAGCAGGAGUGGAUGGACAAGAUGUUCCAUGAAGCAAACAGGGGGCUCAAGACCAAUACCGUCGAGUCAGUUCAUGCUUCUCUUUUGGUUCUCAAAGAGCUGCUAGAGCAGGGCGGCAUGUACAUGCAAAGCCAUUACGGCGAGGCAUGCGACAUCGUCUUCCGUCAUAAGGACGCCAAGGACCCGGCUAUUCGCAAGACGGUGGUCCUCCUCAUCCCUGACUUGGCCAACUACGCACCGAACGACUUCGCAUCAACAUAUCUCCACAAAUUCAUGAUACAUCUUUCUCAUAUGCUCAAGAAGGAAAAGGAAAGAAACGAUGCGUUUCUCGCCAUCGGUAACGUUGCCAACUCAGUCAAGAGCGCCAUCGCUCCAUAUCUCGAUGACGUCCUCAUAUAUGUCAGAGAUGGCCUAAGUAUACAGUCUCGGAAGCGAGGUUCGGUCGACCCCGUCUUCGAUUGUAUUAGCCGUUUGGCCGUGGCCGUGGGUCAGACCUUGAGCAAAUAUAUGGAAGCGCUCCUGGAUCCCAUCUUCGCCUGCGAGCUCACCCCUAAACUAACACAGGCCUUGGUUGACAUGGCCUUCUACAUUCCCCCAGUCAAGGCUACCAUUCAGGAACGGUUGCUCGAUAUGCUUAGCAAGGUAUUGUGCGGAGAACCCUUCCGACCUCUGGGAGCACCUCACCCCAACACACUCGCUUCCAUUCCGGCCAUCCCAAAAGACCCCAAGGACCCAUCAGUGCAGGAGCGAGGAAAGGCCGAGGUCAAAUUGGCUUUGAACACCCUUGGUAGUUUUGAUUUUUCAGGGCAUGUCUUGAACGAGUUCGUCCGCGACGUUGCUAUUAAAUACGUUGAAGACGACGAUCCAGAGAUCCGUGAGGCAGCUGCUCUCACCUGCUGUCAACUUUACGUGCGCGACCCCAUUGUCAACCAGACAAGUUACCAUGCCCUCCAGGUGGUCGCAGAUGUUAUCGAGAAGCUCUUGACAGUCGGAGUCUCGGAUCCGGAUCCCAACAUCAGACGUACCGUCCUGGCCGCCCUCGACGAGCGCUUCGAUCAGCACCUAGCCAAGGCUGAGAAUAUCCGGACCUUGUUUUUCGCCCUCCACGACGAACAAUUCGCCAUCAGAGAAGUUGCAGUUUCGAUUAUCGGACGUUUGGCUCGUUACAACCCGGCCUAUGUCAUUCCCCAGUUGCGAAAGACCAUUAUUCAGAUGCUAACGGAACUGGAAUACACGGAUGUGGCCAGGAGCAAAGAGGAGAGCUCCAAGCUGCUGAGUCUGCUUACGCAGCAUGCUCAGGACUUGGUCAAGCCCUACGUGAACUCCAUCACCGAGGUUCUUUUACCAAAAGCGCGUGAUCCCACCCCUUCUGUGGCCGCAACGGUCCUUCAAGCGAUCGGCGAGUUGUGCACAGUCGGCGGUGAAUCCAUGCUUGCUUAUAAGGAUACGUUGAUGCCCAUUAUCAUUGACGCCCUACAGGAUCAGAGUGCUCCUAUCAAGCGGGAAGCUGCUCUCCACACCCUCGGCCAACUUGCCAGUAACGCUGGCUAUGUCAUCAAACCUUAUCUUGAAUACCCUCAACUUCUCGAAAUUCUUCAAUCGAUCAUCCGAGGCGAGCCCCAACACGGCACACUACGGCAAGAAACGAUCAAGCUUAUGGGCAUUUUAGGCGCUCUGGACCCGUAUAAACACCAGGACAGUGUGGCCAGCCAAGUGGCCAAUGUCGCGAGUGCGAGGAGCGGAAACCCCUCAGACAAGACACCUGGUUCCCUCAAAAACGCGUUGACUAACUUGAUGCAGGUCGAAGAAAGGACUGAUGACAACAAGCGGAACAAUGAAGCCGCCCAACUGACCGAUGUCUCUCUGAUGAUGGGUGGCCUAACACCAUCUAAUGAAGACUACUAUCCGACAGUGGUGAUCAAUGCACUACUUCAGAUCUUGAAGGAUCAGUCUUUAGUCCAGUGGCACGGAAACGUCGUGGAUGCCAUCAUGAGCAUUUUCAUCACUCUGGGACUGAAGUGUGUACAGUUCCUUGAUCGAGUGGUUCCCGCCUUCAUAUCAGUCAUCCGUGCCUCGAGCAAUGCCCGCCUCGAGUUUUACUUCAACCAUUUGAGCAGACUGGUCAGCAUCGUACGCCAGCACAUUCGAGUAUACCUCAAGGACAUCAUCGAUGUUCUCCAGGAGUACUGGCAUACAACUCUUGCGCUUCAGAGCACUAUUCUGGGAUUGAUAGAGUCAAUCUCGCGGUCUCUUGAGGGCGAGUUCAAGAUCUACCUCGCCAAGUUGCUCCCCCUUAUGCUGGGUGUGCUCGAAAAGGAUGUCAGCACAAAGCGGCAGCCUAGCGAGAAAGUCUUCCAUGCGUUCCUGGUAUUUGGCUCAAGCGCCGAAGAGUAUAUGCAUCUGAUAAUCCCAGUCAUUGUACGCCUCUUCGACAGUCACAGCCAGCCAUUGUUCCUUCGGAAAUCGGCUAUCGAGACGAUCGGCAAGCUUUCAAGCAUGGUGAACCUGAACGAUUACGCAUCAAAGAUCAUCCAUCCUCUGACUCGUGUACUGGCUAGCGGCGAGCCGAGUCUUAGGGUAGCGGCUUUGGACACCCUUUGCGCCCUUAUGCUGCAACUAGGACGCGACUACUUGCAUUUCGAGCACACGGUCGACAAGGCCAUCUCCAUGUAUGCCAUUCAGCACUCGAACUAUGAAAAGGCAAUCGAGAAGCUGAAGAAGGGCGAGGCCCUUCCACCAAACCUCGCCCCUCGGUUCGAAGACAUCUCCAUGGAGGGCUUUGCCGCCGAAAACAACCCGCCCAAGAAAUUGACCCUGAAUCCGGUGCAUCUCAAGCAGGUGUGGGAAACGAAGGGCAAGUCUACCAAGGACGAUUGGCAUGAGUGGUUCAGGAAGUUUAGCACAACUCUCCUUACCGAGUCGCCGAAUCAUUCCUUGCGUGCUUGUGCCAGCUUGGCCAGCAACUACCAGCCUCUUGCGCGUGAGCUCUUCAACUCGGCCUUCGUAUCCUGCUGGAGCGAGCUUUAUGAACAGUUCCAGGAGGAUUUGAUCACCAAUAUUGAGAAUACGAUCAAAUCGGAAAACGUGCCUCCGGAUCUCCUUGGCCAACUCCUCAAUCUUGCUGAGUUUAUGGAGCACGAUGAUAAGGCGCUGCCUAUCGACAUCAGAGUAUUGGGACGUGAGGCCGCACGUUGCCACGCAUACGCAAAGGCUCUUCAUUAUAAGGAGCUUGAGUUCUUGCAGGACCAUAACAGUGGUGCAGUUGAGGCUUUGAUUGUCAUCAAUAACCAGCUUCAGCAAUCCGAUGCUGCCAUCGGUAUUCUUCGUAAAGUGAAGACCUACAGGGAGGGUAUCCAGUUGCGCGAGAGUUGGUUCGAGAAGCUCGAGCGUUGGGACGAGGCCCUCAACUUCUACUGCCAACGCGAACGCGAGAUUCCGGAAGAUCAGCCUGUACCCGUGGACAUCGUGAUGGGCAAGAUGCGUUGUUAUCAUGCUCUUGGAGAGUGGGAUUCCCUGGCGACGCUUGCUGGAAAGACCUGGGCCAAUUCGGCACCUGAGAUUCAGAGACGCAUUGCUCCAUUGGCGACAACUGCUGCCUGGGGUCUCGGCAAAUGGGACUCCAUGGACAGCUACCUCCAGUCAAUGAAGCGCUUCUCCCCAGAUAGAGCCUUCUUUGGUGCGAUUCUGGCCCUUCACCGCAAUCAGUUCAGGGAGGCUAUGACAUGCAUUGAGCAAGCUCGCGAAGGACUGGACACCGAGCUUAGUGCGCUUGUUAGCGAGUCUUACAACCGGGCUUAUCAGGUUGUAGUACGCGUUCAGAUGCUCGCUGAACUGGAAGAGCUUAUUGUCUACAAGCAAACCGACGGAGAAAAGCAGGCUACCAUGCGCAGAACCUGGGAGACUCGUCUCAAGGGCUGCCAGCGCAAUGUCGAGGUAUGGCAACGCAUGCUGCGCUUGAGGUCGCUUGUCAUGACUCCGCAGGAGAACAUGCAUAUGUGGACGAAGUUCGCCAACCUUUGUCGCAAGUCGGGCCGCAUGGGACUCGCCGAAAAGUCACUCAAGCAGCUUAUUGGAACCGACUCGUCGUUAGACUCUGUCAUUCCUUACUGGCAUGAUCGCCAUCCGGGCCCGGUUGGGAGCAGGAUCGCGUCUCCAAUCUUGUAUGCGGUUCUGAAGUUCCAGUGGGAAAUUGGACAGUCACCAGGAUUCCGCAAUUCGGAGCAUAGGGUUGCCGAGAAGACGCUGUACUGCCUGCAGAGGUUCACGCAGGAGACUGCGCACCGCGUUGAAGCCUCGCGUAUGCACAUGACUGCCCAUGCACAGAACGGCAUGGAGGUGCAGAACCAACCAGGGUUUGCCGAGUUUAAUGAAGAGAUGCUGCAUCCACAAGCGCAGAAACACUGGCUCGAGCAGACUGUCUUGCUUGCCAAGUGCUAUCUCCGCCAGGGCGAGUGGAUGGUCUCGCUGAACAAGGACGACUGGCAACAGAGGUACCGCGGCGAAGUUCUUGACUGCUACUACAAGGCUACCCAUUACAACAACAAGUGGUACAAGGCUUGGCAUGCAUGGGCCCUGGCCAACUUUGAAGUCGUUCAGUACCUGACAGCGAACCGUGAGGUUGAUGUGCGCAACAAUGGGGAGCAGCACUACAUCAUUCAAUACGUGGUGCCUGCUGUUCGCGGAUUCUUUGAGUCCAUCGCGCUGUCCUCUGGCAGCUCUUUGCAGGACACUCUGCGCCUCUUGGCCUUGUGGCUCACUCAUGGUGGCCACAUUGACGUCCAUAAUGCCGUCACUGAAGGAUUCACGCGUGUUAGCGUUGAUACCUGGCUUGAGGUGAUUCCCCAGUUGAUUGCCAGAAUCAACCAGCCUCACAAGAGGGUCCAGCAGUCAGUCCAUGGAUUGUUGGCCGACGUUGGCCGUGCUCACCCACAGGCGCUGGUGUAUCCGUUGACGGUAGCAAGGAAGUCUUGGCACAACACGCGUAGAGUACGGUCGGCCAACCAAAUUCUUGAAAGCAUGCGUCAACACAGUCUCCGCCUUGUUGAGCAAGCUGAAAUUGUCAGUGGUGAGCUUAUUCGCGUCGCUGUCCUAUGGCACGAGCUUUGGCACGAGGCUCUCGAGGAGGCUUCGCGCUUGUACUUCGGCGACCACAACAUUGAGGGCAUGUUUGCCACUCUCGAGCCGCUUCACGAGUUGCUGGAGGCUGGACCGCAAACUCUUAGAGAGAUCUCUUUCGCCCAGACAUUCGGCCGCGAUUUGAGCGAAGCACGGGAUUGGUGCCGUCAAUAUCAAGAGACACAGGACUCCAAUGACCUUAACCAGGCAUGGGACCUUUACUACACGGUGUUCCGUCGCAUCACCCGUCAACUUCCGCAGAUGACCUCCCUCGAGUUGGCUUAUUGCUCGCCUAACUUGCUGAACGCCAAGGAUCUCGAACUUGCUGUGCCCGGAACGUACCGCAGUGGCCAGGAGGUUGUUAGGAUCAUGUCUUUUGACGCCACCUUCAGCGUGAUCAGCUCCAAGCAACGGCCUCGCAAGCUCGAUAUCGUUGGCAGCGAUGGCAAGACAUACACCUUCCUUCUCAAGGGACACGAAGAUAUCCGUCAAGAUGAGCGUGUCAUGCAGCUUUUCGGUCUUUGCAAUACUUUGUUGGCCAACGACUCCGAAUGCUUCAAGAGACAUCUCAACAUUCAGAGAUACCCCGCCAUUCCUCUUUCACAGAACUCUGGUCUUCUCGGCUGGGUCCCCAACAGUGACACUGUCCAUCAGUUGAUCCGGGAGUAUAGAGAUUCCAGAAAGAUUCUCCUUAACAUCGAGCAUCGUAUUAUGUUGCAGAUGGCUCCUGAUUACGAUAACCUUACGCUUAUGCAAAAGGUCGAGGUCUUCGGAUACGCUCUCGACAAUACGACCGGCCAAGAUCUGUACCGUGUCCUGUGGUUGAAGAGCAAGUCAUCAGAGGCCUGGCUGGAUCGGAGAACCAACUACACACGUUCUCUUGGUGUCAUGUCGAUGGUCGGCUAUAUCCUCGGCUUGGGCGAUCGCCAUCCUAGCAACUUGAUGCUUGACCGUAUUACGGGCAAGAUCAUUCACAUUGAUUUCGGUGACUGCUUCGAAGUAGCCAUGAAGCGCGAGAAAUACCCUGAGCGGGUUCCGUUCAGACUGACUCGUAUGCUCACAUAUGCUAUGGAAGUUAGUAACAUAGAGGGUAGUUUCCGUACCACUUGUGAGCAUGUGAUGAGGGUGUUGCGCGAGAAUAAGGAGAGUGUCAUGGCUGUCCUUGAAGCUUUCAUUCACGAUCCUUUGCUCAACUGGCGUUUGACUAACCCUACCAGCCCGCCUGGUCCCAACUUCAACGCCGAGCGUGAAGUCGCCAUGCCAGGUGCUCCUGGUCCGCGCGCUCGCAGGCCAUCCAUCCUUGACGCUCCCGUGGCGCCCACCGAGUUCCUCGCAGCACAGGCUGCUCCCGGCGCGGAUGGGCAUGGAAUGGGUAUGUCCGCUAACCCCGGACGCUCCCGUGCCCGCACCAAUUCGUCUGCGAUCUAUCCGACUGGUAGCAGCAUGGUUAAUGGCCAUGGUAACAAUCAGCAAGAGCAGCAGGAGGUCCAGAAUGCGCGUGCUCUCGAGGUUUUGGACCGCGUGCAACAGAAGCUCACCGGUCGCGACUUCAAGCCCCAUGAGGAGCUCAACGUUACUGAUCAGGUCAACAAGCUGAUCAUCGAGGCUACCAAGCUUGAGAACCUGUGCCAGCACUACAUAGGAUGGUGCAGUUUCUGGUAAAGGGUUGAGGAAGAUGAAAACAGGACGUUGGGAUAUGGUUCAUUGAAAGCUUUGGUGGUUCCUUGGUGGUCCUAGACUUGCUAUAACUUUGCUAUAACUUGCUAUAACUUGCUAUAAAGGUGAAAAGGGGGGAUUAGAAUACUGGUUGAAAUGGUGCUAUAGGUGAACUGGGGCGGUUUUUGAUGGGAACAAGCGAGAUCACCAAAUUGGUGUUGGACGGUGGUCAUAUCAGCACUUUUUGCGUUGUUUUGUCUGGGUAGAUGUUCAGUUUAUGUUUUUAAUAAAGCGCGUAUACC